AUGGGUAUCCCACUCCGGGAUAUCGUCUUGAGCGCCGAUACGUCCUGCCAGGUUCAUGGAGGAGACGAUAUUGCCGAUGUUACGUGCCGUACUACGUGCAUCAAUCAAGGCUCCGGGUGGACGGGUGGCUACUGUGAUGAUCAGCAGAUCUGCCACUGUACCUUUUGA